UGCUUGGGGAAACCUCUCCUUUGCCUGCAUAUAAAUAAGGGGAGGUUGGGGACCCAGGACAAAGCGGACCAUGGGUUGGAGAGGACUUCUCGUUGCGGCAGCCUUGGCCUCCUGCCUCCUGACAGCCGAAGCCUUGCGCCUGGUCCCGGAGCCUCCGAACCCUCGCUUGGGACAAUCGGUCACUCUUUCCGUGCAGGACGUGCGGGACCCUUACAUCUGCUUCUGGUUUCGUGGCAACGCUUUCCGCAAGGACCGCAUGAUCUUCCAGGUGGAGGUGGGCCGCAUCGUGUCCAGGCAAGGAGGCUUCACCGGCCGCGAAAGCCUGGGCACGGACUGCGCCUUGGUCAUCCAGAACCUCCAGCCUUCGGACAACGGGGAGUUCUACCUGAUCGUGCAAGAAGGGCGGCCGGGGAGAAAUGCACGCUGGACGGACGCCUUGCUGAGACUCCAAGUUGCCACCUGCCUUUUGAGUUCGUGGGUGGCCCCGAUCCUGGGCACCAUUGAUCCUGUUUCCGUGGUCUCCAUCCCAGAAGAACUCUCUGAGGGCCAGAAUGUCACCCUCUCGGUGCAGAACGUGACCGGCAUCCUGCGGGAGGUCAGCUGGUACCGGGGCCAGGCCACCGACGGCUCCACCAGGAUCUUCACCUACUUCCCUGCGAACCCGGUCCGUCCGCAGCGCGAUGGGGUCCAAAGCACACAGCGGGAGUUUGGCUUCCCCAACGGGUCCCUCCUCAUCACGCACCUCCAGCCCAGUGACGCCAAGAUUUACACCGUCCUGCUCCUGCUCCGGCCCAAAGUCACCCUCAAAGGCACCUUCGAGCUGCGCUUGGCCAGUCCGACCACGCAUCCACCUUCCACGGCGACAACAUCCACUCCGCAGACGCCAGCCAUCAAGGAGCCCACCAAGCCCCCGUUGAUGUUGGGGUGGAUCGUGGCUGGCGUAGUGGUGGGCAUCCUGCUGGCGGGGGCCGUGGGGGCCACGCUGGUCUACCGCUUCGUCCUGUACAAGAACGAGCCCAGCACCGGCGGGCUGGAUCCCAGAGGGAGGAAAUCGCUGUCACCAAAACACGAUGACAAGGAGCCCAUUUACGAAGUGAUGGAUUCCCCGGUGAAGUCGCCCAAGACGGAGGGCAAGGAGCCGCCCCCACUGCCAGGACCGCUCCCUCCCUUGCCAGAAACCUGCCCCAACCUGGAGUCAAACUAUAUGGAGUUGCUGCGGAGAUCCGAAUCCCUUUAUUCGGAGAUCAGGAGGUGACAUGGACCAUACUUCCAGACCUCCAAACUCCUGGCUCAUCUGUCCAAAAGGACUU